AUGGCAGAUAAUAUUCCCAACCUGAUGUCCCAUCUUGAUGUGGGCGAUAAAGUAGUGUUGGGACUGGAUGUGACCGAUGUGGGAACCAACAUCAGAAAAUUCAUGUGGCCGGACUAUGUGGUCUUUAUGGGCAUGUUAAUGAUAUGCCUUAUUAUAGGAAUGUAUUAUGCAUUUUUCAAGAAAUCUACCAAUUCCGAAGAUUACCUGGUUGGUGGUCGGAAUAUGGACACAUUUCCAGUUGCAAUGUCACUAAUUGCUAGUUACAUAAGUGGAAUAUCACUGUUAGGGAUCCCAACGGAAGUGUAUGUUUAUGGUGUCCAAUAUGCAUAUAUUGUAGGUGGUUUCUUGCUCAUGGCCAUCGUUAUGUCUACCGUUUAUUUACCAGUUUUUCAUGGUUUGAAUCUCACUUCAACAUAUGAGUAUCAUGAAAGGAGGUUUGACAAAAGAGUGCGCCUGUUUGGGUCCAUCUUGUUCACAAUAAGCUCGAUCACUUGGUUGCCACUUGUCAUCUAUGUGCCAGCCCUUGCUUUCAACCAAGUUACAGAUAUUAAUGUGCAUCUGAUAACGCCAGUUGUUUGUCUUAUUUGCAUCUUCUACACCUCAAUGGGUGGAAUUAGAGCCGUUGUUUGGACCGAUGUAAUUCAAAUAGCUAUAAUGACUGGAGCCAUAAUUCUCGUAUCUGUAAAAGGUACGUUAGAUAUUGGAGGAAUUGCAAAUGUUAUUGAGAGAAAUUUGGAAAGUGGGCGUAUCGAAGGUCCCAAUUUUGAUAUCAAUCCGUUGGCCAGACACACAAUUUGGUCACUAACAUUUGGAGGAUUUGCCUAUGUAAUGCAAGCAGGGGCGGUUAAUCAGAACAUGGUACAAAGAUAUUUAGCAUUGCCUACAUUGACGUCAGCAAAAAGAGCUCUUUGGAUUUUCUUCGCUGGUUUAGUUCUUAUAGUAUUACUUUGUUCAUAUGUGGGUCUCUUGAUUUAUGCAACCUUUCAUAAGUGUGACCCACUUACCACUAUGUUAGCGCGAGAAAAAGACCAGUUGCUUCCUCUACUAGUGAUGACUGUUCUAGGAAGCGUUCCAGGUCUUCCAGGUGUGUGCUUAGCUGGAAACUUUAGUGCUGCUUUAAGUUCUCUAUCUACAGCCUUGAAUUCAAUGUCAGCAGUAGUGUUGGAGGACUUUUAUAAGCCGUUUUUCCAAAGAGAAUUAAAUACCAAAUACACUUACUUGCUGAUGAAACUUACUGUGUUGAUUUUCGGGGCUAUUUGUGUAGCUUUGGUGUUUGUUGUUGAAAAAUUGGGCGCUGUUUUGCAACUAUCAAUGAGCAUAGGGGCCAUAGCUAGUGGACCCUCUUUAGGAAUUUUUACUAUGGGGAUGUUGAUUCCAUAUAUCAAUGCAACUGGGGCAUUAUAUGGAGGACUUUCUGCUCUGCUAUUUAUGAGUUGGUUCUGUUUGCGCACUCAAACUCUCAUUGCGUCUGGAGAUUUAAGUUUUCCAGAAAAAUCGGUUACGACUGAAGGAUGCCAUUACUCUUUUACUCCUAAACAAUCCUCCACAUCGAAUAUAUUUUUCGAUCCGUCCGUUAAUGCCACUGAUGUCUUACAUACAGA